AUGACAGACACGCCGUCACCAAGUCUCGAUUUGCAUCUUGAUGAGCGUAAAAUGUAUGUCGUUGAAUGGCAAGAUAAUGCCUCGUUUGGCUUUACAGUAAUACCUGUUCAAUCCGAUCGGGGUACAGUCUUGUGUCUUGCUCGUCGAACCACCACUACCACAAACAAUAGCAAUAGCAAUAGCACUAGUAUUUCUACUGGUCUACAAGACGUUGUACCAGGUGAUAUCUUAAUUGCUAUUGGAGAUGAAAAAGUGUAUCGUUUAGGAGUAAAUAAAGCGACAAAAUUACUCCGUUCGGUACAAAAACCUGUACGUUUAACGCUCCAGCUUUCGCCCUACGGAACGGCAGCCAAAGAUGUUCCAGAUCUUGCUCCAAAUGAAUAUACUUAUCUAUGGGAAUCAGGACCAUUGGGAAUUGUCUUGACGACUGAUUUAAACAGUAAAUUACCAGUCGUGAAACGGUUUACCAGUAAAGCAGACACUCCAGCACUUGAACAAGAUGUACAGAUUGGAGAUGAAUUGGUUUACGUGAAUGACAUGCCAACAAGUGAUCGGUCCCUUGCAGCGGUUAUUAACAUUAUUAAAGAGUUACCCAAGCCUCUAACGCUUCGGUUUCGACAACCAUUGACUGAUGAAUUGCAGACACCAUUACCGGAAUUGGGGGAAGGAGAAUAUGAUUUUUUGUGGGAGUAUGGAUCCCUUGGACUCGUUGUUGGUACGUCGGCUCAAGGGUUGCCGUAUGUACGAUCCUUUACAGGAAAAGGGACGUCAAAACAACUUACUCAAGUGCAGGAAAACGAUGAGAUUGUUCUCGUGAAUGACAGAUCAGCCAAGGACUAUGGCUUCCAUGAGACCAUGCAGUACAUUAUGAAUGUACCCAAGCCAGCGGUAAUUCGAUUCCGUCGACCUCUUGCGAACAGAAGCAAGGCAAAUACAUUCUUUAAAUCUAUAGAAAACUCGUCGCUACUGAAUGCGCAAACAGCAGCGAUGAGUAUUACCGAUAGUCCGACGCAGCCGAAGCGAGCUUCGUCCCCGACGCUUUCUGCGGGUAGAGCUAGCUCACCGCUGAUACCUGCAUUUGCUCGAAGUUACUCGUCUUCACGAAGUAACUCUGCUGUUAAUGAGAAGGAGGCUGGAGUUGGUUUACUGGGAUACCGAAGCGCGCGCAGCAACAACUCAUUCACAGUGUCUCAUUCCCAGCGCCUAGGUAGGCACAAGUUGCAGCAUCAGCCUGUGCAAAUAGCGGAUGACUUAAUCUUUGGCCAGAAUGCUUCGGGACAGGACCAUCUGCCACCUUCACCGUACCAGCAAGAGCCACUACACAAACAAGAGUCGUUCCAUCAAACACCGCCACAGCAGCUCAAUCAACAUUGGUCUGUCCAGCAAUCAUAUCGGCAGCCUCAGACAGCGGCUCUAGGGGAGGAGGACAAUUUCUUCGAGAUCGAUCCAAAAGCGUACUACCAGAUUCAAUGGACGGAUGGUCCGUUUGGCUUUACGGUGCGUGAGGCUCAAUCGGAGCAAGGCUCUGUGAUCCUUAUCACCAAGCGCACAGGCAAGAGCACGUGUGCCGGUCUGAGACGUGUGGCCGUGGGUGAUAUCCUGAUCUUAAUCGGCGACAAGGACGUUCGUCAGCUGGGGUUCGAGCGAUCGACGAUGCAUCUACGCAACGUGCCCAAGCCUGUUUACCGCAGUGGACGCAUCAUCGGUGAGGGCAAUUUUUUCAUUGUGAAAGAAUGCACUAACCGAGAAACAGGAGAACGGCUUGCCGUGAAAUGCAUUAACAAAAAAACACUUGAUCCUAAGGAACGCAGCAACUUGGUUCAGGAGAUCAACAUCUUACAAGACUUGUGUCAUCCGAAUAUUAUCAAGCUAUGGGACGUCUAUGACGGGAAUGGCCCCAUGUGUUUUUUUAGUAAUGGAUGCAAGUCCCUCGUGGCCAAAGUGCUGCACUAUUGCCACUCGAAAGGUGUCACUCAUCGCGACUUGAAACCUGAAAAUCUCCUGUACACCGACAAGACGGCAAACUCGACGAUCAAAAUUGUCGACUUUGGGUUUGCCAAGUUGAUCACUUCAAAGGAGACCAACCUGUUGACAAUGUGUGGUACACGGGGUUACGAUGCACCGGAAAGUGUCCGAAAUUUGCCGUACGACAGCAAAUGUGAUGUCUGGAGUCUUGGUGUUAUCACGUACAUUCUCUUGUGUGGCUUUCCACCAUUCUACGAUGAAAACCGUGCCGAGGAGAUGCGAAAGGUACGUCGUUGCUUGUGUACAAUGAGUCGUCGAAGCUCUAGAUUAGGAAUAGCAUAA